AUGAAAGUGAAAACUGUUCCAUCAAAAAAAAUGCCUUCAAAAAAACCUUUGGUGGGCGCUAUACAAAAGAAAAAGUUUUCGAAACCUACUGGCGGUGUUUUGAAAAACAUAGUAAAAAUUUCUGAUGCGUUUGAAGAGCUGAAGUCUGGCAACGAUCUUACAGGAAUAUCUUGUUCAAAAGAGCCUAAACAAGUAAAAAAAAGUGCAGCUAAGGAUAAAGUAAAAGCUGACGUGAAAGUACCUAAAAAUACUGUGGACAUUAGGAAAAAAGGAGACAAGAAGACUGUUGUGGAGAAUAAACAGAAAAAACCUAAGAAAGGUAUAGCUGAAGGUGCAUCAAAACUGUCAAUGAAAUCAAAGCUACUGGAAUCCAAACUGACGACUGAAGUGAAUACUAACGAGAGUGAUCCUAAACUUGAUAUAAAAAAAGUUGAAGCCGCUGUCAAUGGACUUUUUACGUUAAUAAAAAAUGGUUCAACUUUACCCAAAAAUGAAUUAUGGGACGAGGCUACGCCAAUACAUUUGGUAGUUACUGCAGUUAAAAUGGGAGUUGGUCCAAAACGAGUAGUUCGAAUAGCAUUACCAAAUUCACUGAUUACUGAUACAACAGAUAUAUGCCUCAUAGUACCAGAUCUUGUGCGUGGUCGAAAUGUGGACCAUGAGAAAACAUAUCAUCAUUAUAAGGAUUUAUUGGCAAAAAAUGGUAUUAAAAAUAUAAAAACUAUUUUGCCAGCAAGACAAAUUCGAGUGGAGUUUAAUGAAUAUGAGGCUAGAAGAAAUUUGUGUAAUUCACAUGACAUAUUUUUAAUUGAUCAGAAGAUAAGCGGAUUUUUGGUUAAGAAAUUGGGAAAAGAAUUUUAUAUUAAAAGAAAGCUUCCAAUUACUGUUAAAUUAGCAAAAAAGCACUUAAAAGCUGAAAUAGAAUCAAAGUUACACAAGACAUCUUUUUUCCUUGAUUACAAAGGAACUACAAAAGCUGUUCAAGUAGGUCAUAUGCAACAAACAGCUCAGCAAGUUGCGGAAAACAUCAUAGCUGCCUUUAAUAAUUUAGCACAUAGUUAUCCAGGUGGCCUAAAAAAUAUCAGGUGUCUAUUGAUUAAGACUCCAACAUCUGAAUCAUUGCCUGUAUAUUAUUCAUUGAUAUCCAGGAAUGAAGUUCAAGGUCCAUAUACUAAAUCCAAAUUGUAUUCAAAGGAUAAAGAAGUUGAAGGUGAAUUGUUUGGAAAACGUGUAUUAGUAAAACCAAAUGGAGAUGUCACAGUGUUGUCGGGAUCUGAAGAAGAAUCAGAUUUUGAUGAUGACAAUGAUGAUGAUGUAUUUAAUAAAAAAAAUAAACAAAAUGAUAGUGACGAAUCUGCUAUUGAGGAAGAUAAUGAAGAAGAUGAAAAAUCUGACGUUUCAAUUGAGAAGGAUGAAAUUAAAAAUAAUUGUUCAGAAUCUGACGAAGCUGAUUCUGAAGGUGAAAAAGGUGAUGACGCUGAAGAAGAAUAUUUGAUGGAAUUUGUAGAAACAAAAAAAUUACAGUCAAAAAAGAAAAGGAAGCACGAAAACGAAGAAGCAAAUGUAGAAAAGAAUAAGAAGCAAGAAAACGAAGAAGCAAAUGUAGAAAAGAAUAUUCCAGUCAAUAAAAAUAAAAAUAAAUCCCCAAUAGCUAAAAAUAAUAAAAUGACUAAAGCAACUAAAAAGAAGAAAUUAAUGAAAUAG